AUGGCGACCCCAGCCCUUCCAUCACACCCUAGUCCCGACCAUCUCAUAACCAUCAAGGUUCUCUUUAAGGAUAACACCCGUCGUUUCAAGCUGCCGUUGAAAGAUCUUCGGCCCCAGGUGCUCCCCCAGAAGAUCCGCACUCUGCUCGGCGUUCCGGCGGAUGUCAACGUCAUCCUCGAACGCUAUUCCGAUAGCGCCGGUUCUUACAUUCGCCUAGACAGCGACAACACAACAGUCUACAAGCAGCUUUACCGGGCUGCUAAGGCUAAAUCUAAGCUUCGCAUCAAGGCCACUGCUGUCGAGGAGGAGUCGACUCCAACUCUCUCAGACAGUUCUACCUCGGCUGAACCCUUGAGCCAGAACCCUCCAAGAUACAGCUACCUGGAAACUGUCUUGAGCCCACCCAUCCCCGUAGCUUCUGGUGAAGACCAAAUUACCACUUCUGACCCAGUCCCUGACCUCACUGCCGGUCAAGUUGAGCUUCCCAAGCAUAUCCCCGGGCCUGUCGCUGAGCCCCAGUACCGCAAAUUUGAGAUGGAGCCAGAAGCCCCCCCUGGGAUUUUCUGCAUUGAUUGCAACAGCUGUGGGCAAUCAAUUGCCAACGAGCACUACCACUGCGGUAUUUGCGAGUAUGGCGACUACGACCUUUGCCCACAGUGUGUGAAAGAUGGUGUUACGUGUCACGGAGAAGGCCAUUGGCUCAUCAAGCGCACUGUUGAGGAUGGCGUGGUGACCAACAGCAGUACUGAGACCAUUCCCCCUCGCCAAACACAAGUUCAGGAGACCAAGCCCCUUGCCGAGUCGGUAGAAGAGGCUCGCCCCAAGGUUGAGACUCCUGUUCCUGUUGUUGCCCGGUCUCAUGUUCCCGCCCCUGCAUCAGCUCCUUACGUUCCUCCCAUCUCUCCACCCCUCGCUCACCCUGAUGCAGAUGACAAGCCCAUUUGCAAUGGUUGCUGCCGUGAAGCUGAUGACAGCAAUCUGGUGCGUUGCAAUGAAUGCGAAGAUUAUGAUCUUUGCCUUCGCUGCCUCCUGCGAAACAAGCAUGGCCACCACCCUGCUCACACUUUCGCACUUGGGUCCGAUCGCAACUACUGCUUGAAGAACCUGAUCCUGUCUCGAUGCCUCCCUGGGCGUCUGUUCAAGCAUGCUGCCAUUUGCGAUGGCUGCGAGAAGAACAUUGUUGGCACUCGCCACAAGUGUCUCUCCUGCCCCGAUUGGGACUACUGCCCUGAUUGUGUCGUUGAUGCUGCUCAGACUCACCCUGGUCACCGAUUUGCUCCUCUCUAUGAAUCUAUUGGGGACCAAAUCCGUGAGUCUUAUGAGAUCCACUACGGCAUCUUCUGUGAUGGCCCACUUUGUAAGGACAAGCCCGCUCAGAGCUACAUCGCUGGCGUCCGCUACAAGUGUGCUGUCUGCGAUGAUAUUGACUUCUGUGCCAGCUGCGAGGCUCUGCCGACCCACACUCACAACCGGACCCACCCCAUGAUUAAAUUCAAGACCCCUGUCCGCAGUGUGACUGUGAGCACUCUGACUGAAGAUGCCACUGGUCGUGUCGCCAUGGGUGACCAGGUUAAUUAUCAGGCCCCGGUUGAGGCUGAGGUCGAGGUCGAGCCUGAGAUCAAGACCGAGAUCUCCGAGGAGAAGGAGCCAAUCGUGGAACAGGCUCCUGUCGAAGCUGAAACUCCUGAGUCCAAUAUCUACGAAUCAAAUCAUGAUUCCGAGUAUCAGGCUUACUUCUUGCGAGAUACUAUUGCCGACGGAACUCAGCUGUCUCCUGACACGCCAUUCCGCCAGACCUGGACUCUUUACAACCCAGGACCUAACUCUUGGCCCGUAGGCAGUGAUGUUCGUUUCGUUGGUGGUGACACCAUGUUCAACGUGGACUCGGAACACCCAUCCAGUGUGCAAUCUAUUCACUCGGCAAUGGAGAGCAACAAGUUGGCUGAAGCUGUCAAGCCCGGCAACACUGCUAACUUCACUGUGAACCUCCGCACCCCACACCGUGAGGGCACUGCCAUUUCAUACUGGCGUCUGAAGCUGCCCAACGGCACUCCCAUUGGCCACCGUCUCUGGUGUGACAUUCAAGUCCGGUCAACUGUGGUGCCUGAGCCAGUGGCACCAGCAUCAGACAGCCUCGAGUCUGAGGCUAGCAGCCGCAUGAUCUUCCCCAAGCUGGAGAAGGAGUCUCCUGAGACCAGCACUCAUGAGGCCAUGCCGGCUGUCUGCCCAGCUCCGACCAUCUCCACUACAUCUGAGGCCGAUAUUCUGGAAGAUGUUGAGAGUCUUACCUUGGAUGACACUGAUACUGACGCAGGCUUCCUGACUGACGAGGAGUACGACGUCCUCGAUGCCAGUGACCAUGAGUUCCUUGAGGCGCAACAGUCUAUGCAUUAA